AUGCAACUAUCAGAUUCUAGACGGAGACGCAAGUUAUUUGCCCCAGCAGCUCAACGGUUAAAAACAAAAAUACUAGUUGGUCCCGAUGAGAAUUAUGGUGCAGUUGAACCUGACCUUGAUUCAUAUCCAGAUUUAUCAUUAUCAGAAUUAAAUGAUAAAAAAAUACUAUAUCUAAAUACUCUGAAGCUUACAAAAGAAGAAAUUAUUGCCUUAGAGAAGAGUACCAAGAGGCAACAUGAGUGUGAAGAUUGGCAUAGAGAACGUAAAAAAAGGUUUGACAUAUUUGAUUAUAAUUAUAGGUAUUAUGCAUUAUUACGUCCAAAUUAA